CUUUUUCAUGUCCUAGUGCAAGGACAUUCGGUUCGUCGACCCGUUGUUCCGUUCCUUCCAGGCCAUCGGCAGGCACGGCGACCUCCCUGUCCCUCUUCGCCUUCUGUGCUUUCUAGUGGAGGACGUGAUGUACUGAAGGCUUCCUCUUUGUUUUCCUUUCGAGUGUCGCUGUCAAAACCGAAGAAAAAUGAAGCCCAUGCUGCUGUUCUUCGUGGCGGCCGUGGUUCUCUGGCCCGCAUGCACGGCGAUGAAGGUGCGGUACGCGUGUCCUGCCACGUACACAUGCGUUCCCGGGCACAUGUGCCAAGGGGAAAACCGCUUUCGUCAGUCGCCUUCUACUGGCAUUAGGUACAUGUGUGGGAUGACUGUCGACAGCGAGGACCAUAUCUGCUGCAACACGACAGAACUGUUGCCUGAAGCCUUCGAGCCGACCAUUGAGCAUUGGUUCUACGGCCAGACCGAAGACGCAAACGAUUCCGUCUUCGACGUCGUUCCCUGGCCCGGCUACGGCACGGUCCCGGUCACCCUCGACGCGGCGGUGGAACCCGACCUCCCUGUCGAGGAGCCGAAGCGCCUCUGUCCGGAUAUGAGCUUCUGCGUCCCCGCCGUGCUGUGUCCGCACACGUUCAUCACUUACUCAAUGGUCGAGAUGGCGUUAUUCGGAGUGCAGAACGCGAGGUACGAUUGUGGUACCAUUGGCGAGACAGCGACCUUCGCCUGCUGUCAGUCGCAUGUCGUCAUUACAGCCCUGUUCGACUUCGUCAGAAAAUUCGAAGAAGAGUAUAAAGAUAAUUUCAUCAUGCCGAGCGGCGAGACGAGUUUUCUCCAGAUCGCCACCGAAGAUGAGGAGAGUAAAAAGAACCUUUUAUUUAAUCUCUUCCGCUUCAGAUUAUCCUCGUAUACACAUGGGGCGAGCGAUGAAGACGAGGAGGAAUCUGUUCCCGCGAGCGAUGAGUCCCAGGAUAAUUCUGAGAGCGACGAAGCCAGUGACGGAUCGGUCCUGGCAGGUGACCAAUCUCAGGGUGGUUCCGAGAUUGUAAACCGUAAAAGACGCAGACGGCGAGACACUGGUGAAGAGAUUGUGGUGCCGCACGGAGCCAGUGUCCCCCCUCGCGGGAUAGGACCCAGGUCUGGGACUCCCAGCGCCAAGAAGUGUGGGACAAGCUCGGGUAUGUCAUUGUAUGCACGAUCAAGCACGUAUAUCAGCGAAUUAAAGCCUGGGCAGUUUCCAUGGCAUGUAGCGGUUCUGUCUUCGAAAAGUGAGUACUUGUGCGGCGGCGUCCUGAUCGGUGACCGAUGGGUGCUGACCGUUGCACAUUGCGUUGAUGAGGCCUCUGGCCAGAAUCUGAAGGUGAAAGUAGGCGACCACGAUCUUCUGGACUCGACAAAGCACUCAUACCAGGGAUAUGACGUCCAAGUUAGGAAAGUGAACAUCCAUCCACAUUACAUGAAGACCAACCUGAGAGCAGAUGUAGCCGUGUUGGAGUUGCAAGCCUCUGUGCUUCAUCUCCAAAAUGUGAACCGGGUGUGCCUUCCUGGCGAACUCAAGCACACAGGUCAAUAUGACUCUGAAGUGUCUGCAUGGACUGCUGUGUUGCCUUCCGAGGAUGGUUACAAACCAACCACGGAUUUCAGCUCCAUCCUCCGUCAUUCCAAAUAUGAAACUAUGACGAGGGAAGAUUGCCAGCAUCGUCUGAGGUCUGUUCCGUCCCUGGGCAGUUUCUUCAAACUUCAGGAGGGUAUACUGUGUUCCAGGUCUAAAGAUUCCAAAAUGUGUUUGGGCGAUGGUGGAAGCGGUCUAGUUUGCAAAUCGCCUUCAGGUCAAUACAGUAUAAAAGGAUUGGUGUCGUGGGGUGUAGGAUGCAAGCCCAACCUGCCCACUGCUUUUGUUGAUGUAGAUUACUUCCUGCCAUUCAUUACUUCAGUAAUUGGAGAGAAGGCAUCGGCAAGGCCUGCAAAAGACCCAUACAGUGUACCCCACCAAGCCAAAGCAAAUGAAGCGUCAUCACAAAUUUCAGACUAUUACAUGCCACCCAAACAUCACGCACAUCCAACUGGGUACGCUCAUUUUGAAACUACUCGACCUAACACCUAUUAUCAUAUCCCUCCUAAAGGCUAUGGUAUCAACCACAUGGACCAUGCUUUACCCACUAGUUCUGAUAGCCCACCCUCUGCCUAUGGUGUACCCCCUGCUGGGUAUGAUAGGCCGCCCUCCGGCUAUGGUACGCCCCCUGCAGGGUAUGAUAGGCCGCCCUCCGGCUAUGGUACGCCCCCUGCUGUGUAUGAUAGGCCGCCCUCAAGCUAUGGUACGCCCCCCAUUGGGUAUGAUAGGCCGCCCUCCGGCUAUGGUACUCCCCCCAUUGGGUAUGAUAGGCUGCCCUCCGGCUAUGGUACGCCCCCCAUCGGGUAUAAUAGGCUGCCCUCCGGCUAUGGUACGCCCCCCAUUGGGUAUGAUAGGCCGCCCUCCGGCUAUGGUACGCCCCCUGCUGGGUAUGAUGUCCCAGCCUCCGGCUAUGGUUCGCCUCCUGCUGGGUAUGAUGCCCCACCCUCCGGCUAUGGUACACCACCCGCUGGGUAUGAUGCCCCACCCUCCGGCUAUGGUACACCACCCGCUGGGUAUGAUGCCCCACCCUCCGGCUAUGGUACACCACCCGCUGGGUAUGAUGCCCCACCCUCCGGCUAUGGUACACCACCCGCUGGGUAUGAUGCCCCACCCUCCGCCUAUGGUACACCACCUGCUGGGUAUGAUGCCCCACCCUCCGGCUAUGGUACACCAUCCGCUGGGUAUGAUGCCCCACCCUCCGGCUAUGGUACACCACCUGCUGGGUAUGAUGCCCCACCCUCCGGCUAUGGUACACCAUCCGCUGGGUAUGAUGCCCCACCUUCCGGCUAUGGUACACCACCCGCUGGGUAUGAUGCCCCACCCGCUGGGUAUGAUGCCCCACCCUCCGGCUAUGGUACACCACCCGCUGGGUAUGAUGCCCCACCCUCCGGCUAUGGUACACCACCCGCUGGGUAUGAUGCCCCACCCUCCGGCUAUGGUACACCACCCGCUGGGUAUGAUGCCCCACCCUCCGGCUAUGGUACACCCCCCACUGGGUAUGAUGCCCGGCCCUCCGGCUAUGGUACACUCCCCACUGGGUAUGAUGCCCGGCCCUCCGGCUAUGGUUCGCCUCCUGCUGGGUAUGAUGCCCCGCCCUCCGGCUAUGGUACACCCCCCGCUGGGUAUGAUGCCCCGCCCUCCAGCUAUGGUACACCCCCCGCUGGGUAUGAUGCCCCACCCUCCGGCUAUGAUUCGCCUCCUGCUGGGUAUGAUGCCCCGCCCUCCGGCUAUGGUACGCCUCCUCCUGGGUAUGAUGCCCCGCCCUCCGGCUAUGGUACGCCUCCUGGGUAUGAUGCCCCGCCCUCCGGCUAUGGUACGCCUCCUGGGUAUGAUGCCCCGCCCUCCGGCUAUGGUACGCCUCCUGGGUAUGAUGCCCCGCCCUCCGGCUAUGGUUCGCCUCCUGCUGGGUAUGAUGCCCCAUCCUCCGGUUAUGGUACACCCCCCGCUGGGUAUGAUGCCCCGGCCUCCGGCUAUGGUUCGCCUCCUGCUGGGUAUGAUGCCCCACCCUCCGGCUAUGGUUCACCUUCUGCUGGGUAUGAUGCCCCACCCUCCAGCUAUGGUACGCCUCCUGCUGGGUAUGAUGCUCCGCCCUCUGGCUAUGGUUCGCCUCCUGCUGGGUAUGAUAGCCCUCCCUCCAGCUAUGGUACACACCCCGCUGGGUAUGAUAGCCCACCUUCCCGUUAUACAACACCGUCCAGGGGACAGGACGCUGUUCACACCGAAUAUGUAGCCCCAUCCAAGGCUACUCACACUAGAUAUACUGCCCUGCACAGUGACUAUGGCGACCCGCCCAAGGGUCAUCACGCCCCGCACAGUGACUAUGGCGACCCGCCCAAGGGUCAUCACGCCCCGCACAGUGACUAUGGCGACCCGCCCAAGGGUCAUCACGCCCCGCACAGUGACUAUGGCGACCCGCCCAAGGGUCAUCACGCCCCGCACAGUGACUAUGGCGACCCGCCCAAGGGUCAUCACGCCCCGCACAGUGACUAUGGCGACCCGCCCAAGGGUCAUCACGCCCCGCACAGUGACUAUGGCGACCCGCCCAAGGGUCAUCACGCCCCGCACAGUGACUAUGGCGACCCGCCCAAGGGUCAUCAUGCCCCCGCAAGUGACUAUGGCGACCCGCCAAAGGGUCAUCAUGCCCCACAAAAUGAAUAUGGUGACUAUGAUUACUAUGAAGAAUCUGAUAGCCAUAGUUAUGGUAACACUUAUAGUGAAUAUGAUGAUUCUUUUAACUAUGACCUAUACGGAGACUAUGGCGACCAUCAUUCCAAUAGUCCUGUUGUGGAUUACAUUAAGGGCAAACCAUAAUAGCUUUAGGCAAAUGGAACUACAGUAGUAAUGUAAGCUUUAUCACAAGCAAUACCUCAUUUCACGUGUAAAGUAAAAGCCUUGUCUGAUGUAUAUUAAUUUAAAAAUCCCUUGUAUCAACUGAAACUGUAGUGAACUGUUGCAUCAACUAACAUGAGCUUAAAAAAAAUAAAAAAUAUGCAAAAAAAAAA